GGGAAAGUUCCCACGGUCACAUAGUCAUCCUUGGGCCAGGGGACGAGACAAUUUCUUCAUUACACUCAUGGCCUCCGAGGAACCACUGUUCGACCCGUCGCUCAAAAAGCGAAAGAAAAAGGCCGUUGCCUUCACUGAAGACCCUCUAGGCGCUGAUGCUGACCCAACGACGCCGGCACCAGAGACUAUCGACAAUACCACCACCAAUGGCGAGGCAGUCGAUCUCGGCCCAACGACUGCACAUGAGCAGAUGAAGCUGAACGGGGAGGAAAAGAAGGAGGACGAUGAAUUCAAGGCCAUGUUUGGCGAUCUCAAGAAGAAGAAGAAAAAGAAGGAGAUCCCUCUGGAUUUGGGCGACGAUUCUGGCACAUCGACACCAACGGCAGCACCAGCUGGCGUUGCCGAUGACCUCGACUUCUCUGACAUAAAAAAGAAAAAGAAAUCGUCGAAGAAAAAGGCGGCAUUUGACUUGGAGGCAUUCGAGAAGGAGCUCAAUGAAUCGAAGGCUAAAUCGGCGAAUGCUGACGAAGACGAGGAGGAGGGUGAGGCCGACCAUACUCAUCUCGAUAACAUAGACGACGGUGAUCUUGGCGAUGAUCCGUUUGCCCAACACGAGGCGUCGGCUGGCGGAGAAACUGGCGAGGCAGCUUGGCUAGGCAGUGACCGGGACUACACAUAUCCAGAGCUUCUUACACGGUUUUACUCCCUCCUGCAUGCCGCCAACCCUUCUCUACUCUCCACGUCAUCUACAAAACGUUACACCAUCGCGCCACCUUCUAUUCAUCGUGAAGGUAACAAGAAAUCCAUCUUUGCCAACGUCACCGAUAUUUGCAAAAAGAUGCAUCGUCAGCCUGAACACGUCAUUCAAUUCCUCUUUUCUGAAAUGGGUACAACUGGUAGUGUGGACGGUGCUGGUCGACUUGUUAUAAAAGGCCGCUUCCAACAAAAACAAGUCGAGAACGUUCUGAGGCGGUAUAUCGUCGAAUAUGUUACUUGUAAAACCUGCAAAUCACCGGACACACUCCUGACAAAGGAAAACCGUAUUUUCUUCAUGUCUUGCGAAUCAUGCGGCAGUAGGCGUAGUGUGAAUCCUAUCAAGAGUGGAUUCCAGGCGCAAGUUGGGAAGCGGAGUAAGAACAAGACAGGUUAGAGUACACCCCACUGGAGAUCAUGUCGCUUCAUGUAUGACACUUGUUAUGCA